AUGACCACUAAUCAUAAUCUAUCUGUGAUACCGAACACUAAUCCAGUAUGGAUGGAAUCCAAUGGAUUACCACAAAGUAAUUUUGCUACUUUGAAUCAAAAUACAUCAGCGAGAUUGCCAUCCAUAAAAAAGAAGAUCGAUUAUUCUAAAUUUGCGAUGAUGCCUAUCGAAAAACCAGUUAAGAAAAUCUUACAACCACUAUCGCAGUUAUCCCCUAAAGCAAGCAUCAAUUCAACCGAUCAUAAAAUUAGCGAUGAUACCAUUGACGAUGAGUCUUGUUUCACUUCAAUGUGGGAGCAAAAUACCAUUAAGAUAAAAGAAGAGUUUCUGGCUGCCUAUCUAAUAGAACUAGAAGCUGAAAUUGCUAAGUUAUCAGCUGAAAAUGAUGUUUUACUCAAUCGAUUACGCCAUUGGCAGUUCUACCAAACUCGUAUGCAGCAAAUGAAGUAG